AAGGUCUCCAGGGAGUAUCAAACUACCACGUCUGCAGCGGGGAGAGAGGGGAAGAGGAGAGGGGAUCAAAAUAAGCCGACUGGAGGACAGAGAAGAGAGGACAGCGAAGAGCCAGGACUGCUUCAUGAAAACAAAGUCGGCUGCAACAUCUGGAGCAAAGCGCAAGCUGACUUUGGACAUAAAAUACGCACAGCCUGCAGCUCCAAAGCCCCCCUCCAGACUUCCUGCUUCCAGUAACGUCUGAUAAUCUGGUUAAAAUUCACCAAAACGCGAGAAGAAUGCACAGGCUGGACAAAUACCUCUCGUGGUUUAGGUAACUCAAGUAGGCUAAUAAGUUGCAGAGGCGCAUAUCUUUUGGAAACUUUUUUUUUGUGCUUUGCGCCAAGUCGACCUUGGUUGCACCGUUUUCGUUUAUGGGAUUUCGCAAACAAUGUUCUGACAUAUAGCAAAGUUAAGAUUGCGCAAAGUGUCACGGGAAGACCUGUCCAUUUUUGUAUUGUUUUCGGGAGAGUCAAGUGAUGGCACCAGAGCUCAAAUCGCUUGUCCGACUGCUGCUGCUGGCGGUGGUGUGGGAGCUGAGCGCCCAGGGAGCGACGGAGCGACAAGUCAAUCCAGAGUCAUGGCUGCAGCAGUACGGUUACCUGCCACCAGGGGACCUGAGGACCCACGCCCUCCGCUCCCCUCACUCCAUCUCCUCAGCCAUCAGCGCCAUGCAGAGGUUCUAUGGCCUCACUGUCACCGGCACCUUUGACACCAACACCGUCGAGGCAAUGAAGCGACCGCGCUGUGGCGUGCCAGACAAGUUUGGUGCCGAGCUGAAGAGCAACCUGAGGAGGAAGCGAUACGCCAUCCAGGGCCUGAAGUGGAACAAGAACGACAUCACUUUCUCUAUACAGAACUAUACCCCUAAGGUCGGUGAGUAUGAAACCCAUGAGGCCAUCAGGAAGGCCUUUAAAGUGUGGGAGAGCGUCACCCCACUUCGUUUCCGGGAAAUCCCCUACAACUACAUACGGGAUAAGGUGGAAGAAUUCGCAGACAUUAUGCUCUUCUUCGCUGAGGGUUUCCACGGCGACAGCAGCCCAUUUGAUGGCGAGGGGGGCUUCCUGGCACAUGCCUAUUUCCCUGGCAAUGGCAUUGGUGGGGACACCCACUUUGAUGCAGCUGAGCCAUGGACUAUUGGGAACAAGGAUCUGUUAGGUAAUGAUAUAUUCCUGGUUGCGGUCCAUGAACUGGGCCAUGCUCUGGGUCUGGAGCACUCCAAUGACCCCUCAGCCAUCAUGGCUCCUUUCUACCAGUGGAUGGACACCGAGACCUUCCAACUUCCUGAUGAUGAUCGCAGAGGCAUACAGCAACUUUAUGGAUCUGGAUCAGGCCCUCAGCCUCCGCCUGUAACACCCCGUACGCCAAACCACAAUCCUGAGCCCACAUACUCACCAGACAAGCCUCGCUUUGGCCCUAACAUCUGUGAUGGACACUUUGACACCAUCGCUAUUCUCAGAGGAGAAAUGUUUGUGUUCAAGGAUAAAUGGUUCUGGAGGGUACGUAACAACCAUGUUCUGGAUGGAUAUCCCAUGCCGAUUGGUCACUUUUGGAGGGGAUUGCCUACUCAUGUCACUGCCGCUUUUGAAAGGGAAGAUGGGAAAUUUGCUUUCUUUAAAGGGGACAGGUAUUGGGUGUUCACUGAAUCAAUUCUGGAUCCUGGUUUCCCCAGGACUCUAAAGGAAAUGGGCACUGGGCUUCCCAAAGAUCGCAUAGAUGCUGCUCUCUACUACACUCCCACUGGACAGACAUUUUACUUCAGAGCAAACAAAUAUUACCGCUUCAACGAAGACUCACGUACUGUUGAUGAUGGCUAUCCAAAAGCUAUUAGUGUGUGGCAAGGAGUGCCUGACAACAUCAAGGCAGCCUUUAUGAGCAAAGAUCAAGCAUACACCUACUUCUACAAAGCCAACAAGUACUGGAAGUUCAACAACCAGAUGAUGCGUGUGGAGCCAGGAUACCCCAAAUCGGCCCUUCGUGACUGGAUGGGCUGUCCCAACGAAGACCCCAAGACGGACGGAGGAAGAGGCGGAGGCGGACACGACAAGGACAAGGAGAGGGAGAAGGAAAAGGAGCGGGAGGAUAAGGACAGAACUAGAGAUAGAGAGAGGGAAAGAGAGAGGGAGAGGGAGAGGGAGACAGAGACAGAGAAGGAAGAGGAUACGGAGGUGAUCAUUAUUGAAGUGGAUGAGCAGGAAGGGGUAGGGGGUGGCAGUGGAGCAGCGGCAGUGGUGGUGCCACUGUUCUUGUUAGUGUGUGUGAUUGCAACGCUGGCUGCCUUGGUGUUUUUCCGUCGGUACGGUACCCCACGCCGACUCCUCUACUGCCAACGAUCUUUACUUGACAAGGUGUAGACGGAGGAGAAGGGGCGGGAGAGAGGAGGGAAAGACAAGGAGAGAAAGAGAAAAAAAAGUGGAAGGAAAUGUUGAACAGGGCAGAAGAGAUAAAACUGGAGAAAGAGCAGAAGGAAAAGCACCAGACUUGCAUUUUAAAAUAUUCGUACCACUGCCAGAUUCCUUUUGCUCUAUCUCUCAACCACUCCAUCCUUCCAUUUUUUUUCUCUCCCUUCUGUCUCUGCCUCUCUCCUCGUGGUUACUGACGCCAGCUCUUUGCUGUUUGUUUUAGCCUUUUUCAAUGUCUUAUUUUUAGUUUUUGUCAGUGGUCAGUGUUUGUGUCCUUGUGAAUUUCCGCUUUGAACCUGCAUCUCCACGACGCCCAUUCUAGCAUGUUCCUUCGAGUAAGCAAAGAGCGUGUCUGAUCGUUCGUUCCUCCCCCUUGUUAACUUGCACACACUCACAUUAGUACACACAUUUGGAAACCACAGUGGCGUAGUCAUUGUGUUUCUUAAUCUUCCAAAGAGAAACAUGUCAGAGCCAGUAUGGGCCAUAAAAGGCAAACAAAACAUUAGCUUAAGUCCCUAUGAAGCAUGAGAUACUCUCAUAUCAGAGUAAAGCAAUAAAUAUGACUGUGUCUUUUCCUUUUUUUAUAUCAAUGUCUUUAGUGCUGAUUAUUAUUAUAAAUGAUGUUGUCAUUAUUAUUAUGACUAUUACUAUUAUUGUUGUUGUCCUCUGUGUAAAGAAUGUGUUUUUGUACAUUGUCAUUAAAAAGUCCUGCUGGACAGUGACAUACAGUUUUGAAAGUGGCCUUAAUUUUAUAUGUGUGGGGACAGUGAAUGGGGAUGGGGGUUAUGUAUUCUUGAAACUUGAUUGUUUUUUUUUUUUAAUCUUGAAUCCAUCUCAAAUGAAAAUAAAUUGAAGAACUGAAAAUGACUCCUUUUUGUCAUUGUACUUGUUUACAGUUUUCAAAUCAUGGUGCUACAUUACUAGUGAAGGGUUAAAAAUAGUUAAACGACAAUGAUAAUGAUACUAGUGAUACUGAUUCUGAUAAUGAUCUAGUUUUCUCGAUGAGACUGUGUUUGUGUUCUUACUUAUAUUUCAAAGCUUUUCUUACAAAAUAAAGUAAUUUCAAAAGGC